AUGUCAUCGGAUUAAAAGAAAUAGAAAAAAGAGAAAAUAAAAAUAUAACCAAACUAAAAUGUGAAUAUCGAGGAUUACAUUGUGAAUAAUACUCAUAGUAAUUUUUAAGAGUUUUUCGAUUAUAAGAAAGAAUUAUGUGGAUUGCCCACUUACAUCACAAUGAAUAAUGAUUUAGUGUUUGUUGGGAUGGAAUACUCUUACAUUUAUGUUUUCUAAUAAGAUAAUGAUUUUAAAUAAGGCUAUAAAAUACUCGGAAAGGAUACUCAAAUAUAUAGAGGUUAAGUGAAAAUGAUAUAAAUUUCUAAUGAUAACUAAUUAUUAUUAGUGACAUAUUCCAACAAUGAGUUUGUGAUCUUUAGUUUGAAAUCCUUCAAAGAAGUCCUACAACACAGAUACUAACAUCUAAAAUAUGCCUAUAUGGUGCCUUUAUCCAUUAAUUCAGACCACUUGCUCUAAUUAAGGAAGGAAUAGUAUUAUGAAAUUAUGAUUCAUUUGGAAAACAAUUAUUUAUUGAAGGUUCCCUUGGAAAUAAAUAUCAAUACAUUAGAGCAGAAAAUAGGGAUUCCUAUUUAUAAAUUUGGCGAACCUUGUGAAAGAUAGAAAGUAAAGGAGAAUAGACAUGCUAAAGUUAUUGAAAACGAUUAUGUGACACCUCAAUCAUCAAUAAUUCAAGAUGUAUCCAUUAUGGACUCGUGCUAUGAAGAGUUUAUCUAAUGCAUGGAUGAUAGAGAGAGUACUGCUUCAUAUGGCAGUCAAUUGGAUCAGUCUCCAACCAAAAAGAGGAAAAACAAUUUUUUGAAAUAAAUAUUUUCAAAUAGUACUAAUUCAAAAUAGGAAUAACCAGAAGAGACAAACGAAUAUGUAAUUAGUACACAGUUUUACUUGAUGGCUGUAGGAUUCGUAAAUAAAAUUCAAGUAGUAAAAAUAUUUUUUGGUAAUAAAUUAAAUGAGGAGCAAUCAAAAAUCUAGUUAUUAUUGAAUUUUUAAAGACCUGAUGCUUAGAUCUAUAAUAUCGUUUUUAAUUAGCCACAAGCUAUCGAAGAAUAACAAACUAGAUGCUCAUGUGCUUGGGGAUUAGGAAGUUUUAAGGAAACCAAUAAGAGAUAUGUAUUGUUAAUUAUCAAUUGGGGAUGCAGAGAAUAUUAUGCAUUUAAAGUGAUGUCUAGUGAUUACAAAAUACAAGUCAUUCAAGGAGGCCACUUUUAUAACUCAGUUGAUUUAACAUAAUUGAGAGAAUUUCCAAUGGUAUGUAAUUUCAUUACGAAUUCUGUGUUUUUUUCUGUUCUUCAUAAUAAAUAAAAUUAGACAGUAAUGAAAUUAUUGACAACCUCCCAAUUUGAAUUUGGUGUGCCAUUCACUCUUGGACAAAUUGAGAAACAUUUCAAUUAGGAGAAACACAUCUAAACAUUGCAGAGUGGUCAAUACAAUCCAAAGUUUUAUACUUUCAUUAGAGAAAAUAAGCAGGAAGUAAUUAUUAGUCAAAACGUGAUGGACUCAAUUAAUGACGGUUAUCAAAAAUCAAAUGAUAUAGUUUUGAAUUUUAAGUAAUUGCAUCCUAAUUUAUAAAUUAUUUAUAAAAAUGAACAGUGCUAUAUUUUGAAUGGAACAGAAUUGCUAUCUAUUCGACUGAAGAAAUGGGAUGAAUUAUUAUAUGAAUAGAGUGAUAACAAUGAAUGGGAGAAGUGUUUUUAGACUGCAGUUGAUAUACACAGAGGUUAUUUGACUUUGUUAUGCAAUAUUCCUGAGAAUGACGUCCAAAGACAUUUCUGUAUUAAAGAGACAUGCUGUAAAUUAGGAUUGUAAUAUAUGUUGUCACAAUUACCAAAUAAAUAAUUGAAAAAUAGCUAAUCAGUCUUAACUAUCAUGCAUUUCCUCAUAAGGACUUAAAAUGAGGAAUAUCUAUUUGAAUCAAUUGAAGAUCUCAUGGUUGGAUGUGGUUAUAGAAAUGUGUUUUAUGACUAUCUUCGAGACUUACUAUAAUAACAUCAAGUUAACAUUCCAUAUUAGCACUAAUUGAAAGUUCUGAAAAUGUUCACUGAAAUGGAUGAUAAGGAAACUUGUACUAAAUUAAUAAUGUCAAUUUAAAAUAUAUAGCGUUAUGAUCCAAAAGGAUUAAUAGAUUUUUGUUUAGAAAAGGAUCUGAUUGAACCUAUGAUGUACAUUUGCUCUUAAAUUAAUGACUUCCUGACUCCUUAUUUAAGGAUUAUUACACUACUUAGUAUUCUAUCAAGUAAGAAUACUUUGACCGAAGAAGAAAACAAGAGCAUCACUACUUUAAGUUUAGAUUAAUGCAAGAUCUGUCUCUUUAGUUUCUUAUCUUUCUGUUUCACUGGACAAAACCAAUCUAAUCCUGAGUCAUUCUUCACUGAUCGUUAGUUCAAAGCAAUGUUUAAGGAUUUAUUCGAAUACCUAUUUGAUCUUGAAAACAUAUAAAAACUGUUUGAAAUAGAUUACAUCAAAACAUUGGAAGUAUUUCUGUAAGUCUUUUCAGAAAGGAUUCAAGAUAGUUUUAAGCAAUUCAUAAAUGAAGGUAAGGAAAUUAACAUAGAAUUAUCAAACACCUUAGUAAAUGGCUUCUUGCCUGAAAUAUUAAAUAUUGAAUAAACCGAUCAUCACUUAAGGAUUUUGUCAAAAAUUUAUGUUUUGAUUAAAAUGGCUGAAUAAAAGUAUUACGUCAAGUUAAAUAAUGCAAAAGUGAUAGAAGAGUAUAUGCAGUAUUCUAGUGCAUUUUCAGCAAAUGUUUUUGCUAUCUGUCCAUUUUACUUCAAUAUUAAUCACAUUAUGCUUAACCUUAUAAAUUAUAUGGAUGCCCUUAGAUCAUAGUAAACCACCUUAUUCGAUAUAACUUGGAUUUUGAGAGGCAGAGUUUAAAAAGAUUUACCAGCUGAAUUAGUGAAGAAUGAAUUCUUGCAUAAGGUGAUGCUGAAAGUUGAGAAGUAAUUUGAUGGAUAAUAUAAAUUGCUAGAAGAAUUACGGUUAAAGGCAUAAGAGACUAAUUGGUAUGAUUUGAAUGUAAUUAAUAGGAUUUGGAUGGAAGCAUUUUGUUUAAUAAAAAUGAAACGAGUGCCUGAAGCAUUAUAUUUAUAUCUAAGACAUCCUGAUCCAUUGUUAUCUGAACGUGUGUUUACAGCCUUAGCAGUUCAAUUAAGAUCAAAACAACAAGAUGAAUUUGUUCAAGAUUGGAUUUAUAAGAAUUUGGCUUUGCUUGCUGCUGAAAACUCGCAUAAACUAUUUUAGUUGCUUUAUACAUAUAAGAAAGAUGACUUAUAGGAAGUGUUCAAAGAGCUGAAAUAAGUGGGAGUGGUGUAAGUAGAUCAAAAAAUAAAAAACUAACAUCAAAUGGAUCUCUUAGGUGGAUUUGUGGAAUAUCUGAAACCAAGAAUGUAGAUAGAUGAGCAUCUACUUAAGAUUUGA